AUGCUGUCCAAUCCGAACACAAACAUAAUGGAUCAACGACAGAUCGAGAUUCUUAGGGAAAGCCCUAUUCCUUUAGAAAGGACAUCAAGUUCAUUGCAACAUAACGAACAAUGUCCUCCCUCUCCUAUGACUCCUAUGACUAUGAACCGGAGUCAUUCUUUGAAUACUACCGUUUCGGCCUCAAACGAUGGACUGGAAAACAUUACGUGUGACAAAAAAAGCAUUCCUCCCGGCAUUUUAAAAAACCGAUCGAAUUCUUUUUCUUCUUAUCUUGAUGCCCACUCCAAAACGACCGUUCCGUCCAAUGAGUCUUAUAGAAGUACUGGAUUAAAUUGGUUAUCCGUGAAAUUGAAUAUUUUGUUUCGGUCACAAAGAUUCCCUCGUAGGUCUUUUCAGAGGUCUUCUAGUUCAUCGAAUAACUCCAAAUCGGAGAGCGGUAAUACCAAUGUCUUGUUUCCUACUUCCGAUAUAUUCGAUACUAAGUACCUGCUUGCUACAAUUGUCCCAGAGUCCAUCCAAAACGGUUGUUUUCUCUUUCGUGUCACAAAGAAGAAGGUACGACAGCGAAAAGUAUCAUUGGAUCCGUUUACAGGAUACUUAAUUUUAGAUAAAAACACUGGGAAACCUUACCGUAAACUAUGUGUCGAUGACAUUAAAGAAAUUCGUCAAGGAAGCGAAUCCAGAAACUACAGAGAGCAAUUCAAAGUUUCUUAUGAGCAUGAAACUAGGUGGUUCACCAUUGUUUACACAGCCGAAGAUAAAAUGAAAGCUUUGCAUUUCAUUUCUCCCACCAUGGACGGUCUUAAUCAAUGGAUAAUGGCUUUAGAAGGAUUGAAAACAUACCGUUUGAAUGAGUUCAUUACAGGGUCUCGUUUUGUAACGAAUCACAAUAUUCAAACGAUCAAAGGAGAUGAAAAUAUUAGCCACCCUUGGGAAAAAUUAGAAAAAGAUGAGACAGCGGAACUCACUUUUGAAGACGUACAAUGUAUGUGUCAAAAGCUGCAUCUCAACGCUUCCUUUGAAUAUCUGGAGCAGACAUUUCGUAAGGCUGAUACGCUCGGAACCGGAAAACUAAGUUUUGAAGGGUUUCAGCACUUUGUAAGUAUGCUGAAAACAAGGCCAGAAGUAAAGCAACUUUUUAAUAAGUAUACAAAUCAUUCAAAGGAAAUGACUUUUGAUCAGUUUGCUACGUUUUUACGAGAUUCCCAAAAGUCUAUUAUUAAUGAUGAUCAAGUUGAGCUUGUAUAUGGUUCGUUUUGCAAAUCUUAUGACUCUCCAAUGAAUUUAAUUGAUUUUACGUCUUAUUUAUUGUCUCCUGCCAACACCCCGUUAACCCCAAUGAAUCAAGAUAUGAAUCGCCCUUUGAAUGAAUAUAUCAUUUCCUCUUCGCAUAAUACGUAUUUGCUUGGGAAGCAAUUUGCUGGAGAAAGUUCGAUCGAGGGUUACAUCCGGUCUUUACAAAGAGGUUGUAAAUGCAUUGAAAUAGACUGUUGGGAUGGUUCUGACGGGCCGGUGGUUUGUCAUGGAAGAACGUUUACAUCCAUGAUUCGUUUCAAUGAUGUUAUAGACGUUAUAAAGAAGUAUGCGUUUGUCGUUUCCGCUUACCCUGUCAUUAUUUCUUUAGAAAUCCAUUGUUGCCCGGAACAGCAACGGCAGAUGGCCGAUUACAUGAAAGAAACAUUUGGAAGUAACCUAUUAACAGAACCAUUGGGACCUCAUGAAGUAUUCCUACCAUCUCCCGAGCAACUAUUGUAUAAGAUUUUAAUUAAAGUGAAAUGUCAGGCAAAUGUUUUGGCUUGUAACUCGCCAGAUUUUAUUCGAGGUGGCGUUGUCGAUUCGUCUACGGAUACCACAGAAUCAUCUGAAUUAGAAGGUGGAGAACGGAAUUUAUCGAUUGAGCCAAAAAAAAGGAGUAGAAAAAUAAUAAUACCCGAGCUACAGCAAAUAGCACCAUAUGUACGUUCACUGAAGUUUCGCAAUUUUUCUUUACCCGAGUCGAAAACUUAUAAUCAUACAUUUUCAUUUUCUGAAAGGACCAUCAAAAGGCAUGGUAAGACGAUGUUUCCACGAUUAAGCAAGCAUAAUACGAAAUAUCUUUGUCGUGUAUACCCAGGUCCACUGCGACUUGGCAGUACCAAUUUGAAUCCACAAUUUUAUUGGCGUAUGGGUGUGCAGAUGGUGGCCUUAAACUGGCAAACAUAUGAUAUUGGCCUUCAAAUAAACGAUGCUCUUUUUCAGGCAGAUCCUCCGAGUGGUUAUUUGCUGAAGCCAGUGUAUCAGCGAGUCACGGAAGAAAAAGUGAAGCAAAAUAAGCAUUACAACAAUUCGCCCAAGAAAACAACGCUGAAGAUUGAAAUAAUAUCAGGGCAACAACUACGUCGUGCAAAAGAGCUGUCGAAUUCGGAAACGCUUUGUCCUUUUGUAGAAGUGCAAAUACAUUCUAUGGAGGAAAUACCUUUUCGCUGGAAUACGAGUGUUGUACAUCGCAAUGGGUUUCGACCAAUAUGGCAAGAGAGCUUCCAUUACGAAAGCGCUACAGAAGAUGAUGUUUACUCUGUCGUUCGUUUUAUAGUUCAUCAUCGAGCAAGCUCUGGCAACGAUACGGUAAUUGCAGGAUUUGGAUGUCCAUUGUACAGACUACAAAGUGGUUAUCGGCAUAUUCAACUUUAUGACAUGCAAGGUGAAAGUUUACUAUUUUCGACACUAUUUCUCCGAAUUGAGAAGGCUGAAUUUUGGUGA